AUGAAGUUGUGGGAUUCUAUGGAAUUUGGAGAUCAAGGAACUAUGGACGACAAAAGUCCAUUUGACGGUGUUUUUAAACUAAGCAAAACACAAAGACUUUACGGUUUUGGAAUUUGUUUUGCACUUGGCUUCUUUAUUAGUUUAGUGGGAACAUUUGCCUUAAUAACUGGAAAUUUACCUGGAUUUGCAGUGUUAUAUACUUUGGGUAAUGUUGUAUCUUUACUAAGGUAA